GUGAGUUUGACCGAGACAAGAUGUCUGGACGCGGAAAGACCGGCGGCAAGGCCAGAGCGAAGGCCAAGACGCGCUCGUCCCGUGCGGGGCUGCAGUUCCCUGUGGGCCGUGUCCACAGGCUGCUGCGCAAGGGCAACUAUGCCGAGCGCGUCGGUGCUGGAGCUCCGGUGUACCUGGCUGCGGUUCUGGAGUACCUGACCGCCGAGAUCCUGGAGCUGGCCGGGAACGCGGCCCGCGACAACAAGAAGACCAGGAUCAUCCCCCGCCACCUGCAGCUGGCCGUCCGCAACGACGAGGAGCUCAACAAGCUGUUGGGCGGCGUGACCAUCGCUCAGGGUGGUGUCCUGCCCAACAUCCAGGCCGUGCUGCUGCCCAAGAAGACCGAGAAGCCGGCCAAGGCCAAGUAACCGUCCGCAGCGCCAGCCAGCGAGCGCGACAACCCAACGGCUCUUUUAAGAGCCACCCACUUCCGUCUGGAGAGCCAAAGUUUCUAAACUCCACUUGAUUUCCAUGCAGUGUGUCGUAGAUUAAAGUCCAGUACAGGGCAGAGAGCCGAGACUUGCGCUGACCUUUAAGAAGGGAAGCACAUUAAAUGCUGAAUGUUGGCCACGACAAUCAAACGUUGACAAUGAGAUGAGUGGGAUUUUAUUUUAUUUAAUAGACAGAGGCCUCUGGGUUCUCCAGCCCGAGAGGGAAUCCCACGCAGAUCCAACACUGCGGUUCCGACGCUAUGUCCGGCCAUCUGCAUCUCACCCGGCUGCAUCCGGCCUGGCGACGUGGCCGGAUGCUUGAACAGGUUCUUGUAGCAGAACGAAAGAAUCUGCUGCUUGUCAGGUUUUUGCAUGAGCAGAAACAAACCUGAGGAAAGCCAAACUCCUGGCCCGACUGGAGUAUGGACCAGUAAAAGCACUAUAACCUUCCCAUAAGACCUGACCUAAGAAAACUCAACAUGCUGUUAAACAUCCUCCUUUUGCAGCAGAUUUCUAAUAUCUCAUUUGUUUUUGUUGCUAUUCAAUUCUCUGAUGAAUACCCCUCUUUCCUGAGAAUAUUUACUACAUUCUAGAGAAACGUGCUGCAUUGUUUCUCGCUGUACCUGCACUGUGUUUGCUCAUUAUUGUCAGAGUGCUAUUGGACCCCGAAUCCCCAAACCUCAAUCUGGACAAAACGUCCUCUUCUUUCUUAUCCCCAUGGCGUUACGUUUCCUACGUUCCCCAACUGUUUUUCGAAUGCUAUA